AUGAAGCUGUGUGUCCAUGUGUUGCUUUUGGCCCUGGGGGUCAUCAGUGGACACAAAUGCGAUGAAACCAAUGGCUCCAAUGAAUGCGACAUCAGUGACAUCAGUUCUCAUUUGCACCUGGCCACCAAGACCACCAAGGUCGCCAAGGUCUCAGGCUCCACCACAUACUUCAUCAGUGAAUUUCGGCCCAAUCCGCCCAAUCCGUCCAAUGAUCCGCUUGAGCAGCGCAUCGAGCUCAGUGGUGGACUCACAGAUGAAUUCUUCAAUGGAUGCAUUUGGAGCGUCGAGGCCGCUAAUAUAGCAUCAAAGGGAAGGGUUGAUCGAGCGACCAAUGUUUCUGGCACUUUUGAUCCCAAUGGCCUGCUGGUCGUUUUCAUACCUCACCUUGAGAAUCCAUCUUUCACCAUUGUCUUGUCGAGUUCAUCCUGUCCCAGCGUGGGUGACAAUGUCUUUGACACUGGCUUCAAUGUCCCUGGGGUAAUCUAUGACUCAAUUGGUGUGCCAGAUGUUGCAGGUGAUGAAGUCAAUCUAGCAGACAUCAGAGAGGCAUUGGGUCAUCCCCCCGGUACCGACUUCAAAUUCACUGGUACGUUCGCUGGUGACGAGCUAAAACUGGUAUUCCGUGAUGCUAGUCUAGGAGACCUAUAUGCAGUCAGCACCAGUGACGUGAUCAAGAACGCUCAUGGCGUGGAGAUUGAUUUUGGCGAGUUUACUGGGGGGGACACACUGGAGCCAACUUUUGGUAACAUCAAUCCAACACUACUAGGCACAGGGGUGAGUGGUGAUCCGCAUAUCCAUACCUUGGAUGGCAGCCACUACACGUUGCUGCGAGAAGGUUCCUUCUUGCUGUGGCGCUUUGGUUUGCCGCAGCCCCAUGUGGAGUGGCAAAUCUUUGCCCACUAUGCCGGACGCCAGUCCUUUACCAAAGGCCUUUUGUUGGUCGAUACUUCGGGUUCAGAGCCAUCCAGCAUGGAGAUCACUUCGGAACGCUGCGAAUGGCAAACCCAGAGCAACUCCAAGAAGCUGAAGGACCUGGCGAGUGGCGAUUUGCUGGAGCUUCAGGGCAUCAAUGAGUUGGCCUCGCGCAUGAGUUUGACAUUUGUCGCCGGAGUUCUGGUGUUCACUGUGGGUGUCAUCUCAUGGGUCGUCACGUUUGAGGAUCGCCUGCAAGUUCAGAUCGGAAAGAGGCGGCAGUUGGCAGUUGCUUCAAUUCUUGUUGACCUUGGCUUUGUGGUGCCUGUUGUUUGGUCGUUGGCGCAAGCACAAGCCACCAAGGUCGCCAAGGUCACCAAGGUCUCAGCCGCCAGCACAUACCUCAUCAGUGAAUUUGAGCCCAAUCCUCCAUCCAAUGAUCCGUCUACGCAGCAAAUCGAGCUCAGUGGUCCGGCAGGUGGAACCUUCAAUGGAUGCAUUUGGACUGUCGACGCCGAUAAUAUAACGGCAAAGGGAGAGGUUGAUCGAGCGAACAAUGUUUCUGGCACUUUUGAUCCCAAUGGCCCGCUGCUCGUUUCCAUUCCUGACCUUGAGAAUCCAUCUUUCACCAUUGUCUUGUCGAGUUCAACCUGUCCCAGCGUGGAUGACAAUGUCUUUGACACUGGCUUCAAUGUCCCUGGGGUAAUCUAUGACUCAAUUGGUGUGCCAGAUGUUGCAGGUGACGAAGCCAUUCUAGCACAGAUCAGAGAGGCAUUGGGUCAUCCCCCCGGUACCGACUUCAAAUUCACUGGUGACGAGCCAAAACUGGUAUUCCGUGAUGCUAGUGUAGGAAACCUGUACGCAGUCAACGAUCCGCCCGGUGGAGUGGUCACAGUGGUCAAGGAUGCUAAUGGCGGGGACAUCGAACCUGUCGAGUUUAGUGGGGGGGACCCACUGGAGACAACUUUUGGUGUCAUCAAUCCAACACUAGGCUCAGGGGUGAUUGGUGAUCCGCAUAUCCAUACCUUGGAUGGCAGCCACUACACGUUGCUGCGAGAAGGCUCCUUCUUGCUGUGGCGCUUUGGCUUGCCGCAGCCCCAUGUGUCCUUUACCAAAGGCCUUUUGUUGGUCGAUACUUCGGGUUCAGAGCCAUCCAGCAUGGAGAUCACUUCGGAACGCUGCGAAUGGCAAACCCAGAGCAACUCCAAGAAGUGGUCAUCAGUCAACUCAACAGUUCCUGAAGUGCUCCUUUCCGGCCCGUCUUCUCAUAUGAAGCUGGUUGGCAACCAGCGCAAGGACAUGAAGAAGAUUCAGCUGUUCAUUGCUGAUGAGACAGUUCCGGUUGCCACAUUGAAAGUCAUAUGUCGACAAGGUCGUCACAUCAACAUGAAACUCUACAUGGGGAACCAGAAGUGGAAACCCUUUGUAAGUGGAGAGCUCAAGGGCCAAAAAGAUCAAACAGUCCAAAAGGACAUGCCGACCUCUAAGAGUUCAAUGUUGGAGCUGGCUGGAAGAGAAGACCAAGAAUUUGAGGUCACGAAAACUUGGGCGGAGCUUGGUGGCAGCUCUCACGCCCAGCAAUAUCUUCAAAAUUUUGAUGCGCAUCAGAAUUUGGCUUUCAUCCAGAUGUGUGACCCCCAAGCACAGGCUGAUGCCAGGGCUCUCUGCCAGAAACACUUGGGAACAGUCGCGCGUUCCAGCUACUUCGAGGAGUGUGUCUACGAUGUCUGCUCAGGUGCAGGAGAAGUUGCGGCAGAGAUGGCGGCAGAGAUGCUGAAAUUCUGA